AUGACUUCCCCUCUCUCUUGAUGGGUACAGGAUCAUCCUUCGCUCUUCCCAUUCACAAGACUGAAGGAUCGAUAUCCUUCUACCCUUUAUUCAUUAGCUAGUAUUUGUAGAAUAAUUAGAUUGUACAUACGAUUUUCUGUCUCUCAUAUUAGACAUCGAAAGUGGCGCUUUUAUUGGACUGCAUUAUGAACGGACACGCUAUUCUCUACACCGGGGUCACUUUGGCCUUCUGGAGUACAAUUCUCAUCGUAGGAAUAUGCUACACAAUAUUUGACCUGGGAUUUCGAUUUGAUGUUGCAUGGUUUUUGACGGAAACCUCUCCGUUUAUGUGGGCAAGCCUUGGGAUUGGUCUGGCCAUAUCUCUCUCUGUCGUUGGGGCAGCCUGGGGCAUUUACAUCACUGGAUCCAGCAUCAUUGGUGGAGGUGUUAAAGCCCCCAGAAUAAAAACCAAGAAUCUUGUCAGCAUCAUUUUCUGUGAAGCUGUUGCCAUUUAUGGAAUUAUUAUGGCUAUUGUCAUUAGCAACAUGGCAGAGAACUUCAGUGGCGACACACCAGAGACCAUUGGAGCAAGGAACUACCAAGCAGGUUACUCAAUGUUCGGUGCUGGUCUUACUGUCGGCUUCUCAAACCUCUUCUGUGGCAUCUGUGUUGGCAUCGUUGGAAGCGGCGCUGCCUUGGCCGAUGCCCAGAACGGCAGUCUCUUUGUCAAAAUCCUCAUUGUGGAAAUCUUCGGCAGUGCCAUCGGUCUUUUUGGAGUCAUUGUGGCCAUCUUGCAGACAUCGAAAGUAAAAAUGGGAGACUAGACACAACGUGAUUGGGAUGUCCCAAGGAAGACAGAAGCUGCAGAGGUGCAAAAGAUGGAAUGUGUAAAUACAUAGUACAUUAUUUAAAUGUUAUUUUUCUUCUCUUUGUGAUUUAUUUUUGUUUGUACAUUUUUAACCAUCAUUUGCUGAAGAGUGACAUGUUUGCGUCUGAUUGUCUUGAAAGAGUGUAAAAUCUGUGGGUAAUCUACUGGUCCUAGGGACAGAAUCCAUUUCCAAAUCUGAACCAAUGAAUUAAUUGACUGCAAAUAAAUAACCAUCCUCUAUAUGUGAGAUAAAAAUGGACCCAAGGCAAGAUAUUAAAGGGGUAAAAAUUCCUAUAUAUUUUUAAUGUGAGGACUACUUGAAAUAAACACACAGUCUGCAUGAUCUUUCAUUUGAAAGUUAAAUGGAAUGUCUUAUGAUAACUUGCUCUUUAAGUCUAUUCGGGUAAGAAUAUAUAUAUAUAUGAUGGUACAUAUGUGAAAUUUUCAUGUUCAUUGUUUAAUUUACUGUAUGUGGUGUUCUGUACUAUAUAUGAAAGUGAGAGAUGCAACAAAGUAGUGAUCCCGUUGGAUGGUGUAAAAUACAGUAUUCAGUUGUUCCAUUGUAUGCAUAAAUGUGAUGACAAAGCAAAUACUGUUCUAAGUCAGUAACCCAACUGCAGUUGUUUCCGGCUCCCUGAGCAACUUCCCAUCUUUCUUAUAUUAUGUAGUGUGCUCAUCUGUGCUUGGUAGUAGUUGAAGAAGACACCAGUGUUUCAGACACAUUUGAUUUCAAAUGAUCUGCUUUGAAAGUGGCUUUUUCUCUGGAAGGUUUGCAUUGUUAAGGUCAGUCAGUCUUUGGUGUCUGUGCUGGCCUCACACGGGCCCACACAAGUGGCACUCUUCAGUUACUGGUUGGUUGAAAAAAAAAAAAAAAAACCUAGAAGAUAUUGUGAUCUAUUGUGUGAGUCUGGGUGUGUAUAUUGUGUGCUUGUGUGUGUGUGUGGGUGUACAUAUAUAUAGUAAAUAUAUACUGUAUAUACACACAAAGGGCACAUAUUUAUUUCGGAAGCAUGGCAGUGUCCACCAUUCCAACCCCCCCAUUUCCCCAGUGCGUGCUCUGGGCACACGAUCACCUUAAUAUUCUCAAAUCCUAAUGGUCACAGAACCAUAUCUCAGGUCAGCCUGUAUUGUUUGGUUGUUGAGAUCAAAUUGGUUCUGCAGCGAGGUCACAUACACUGCCCUGCCCUGCCCUCCCCUCCCCUCCCCUCCCCUGUCUGCCAUCUCUGUUCUUUUAGCACUAGCAGAGUUUGGCUCCUGGUCCUAACCGCGUCGAGGAUGUUCUGCUGUGAUUUCGCAACACUUAAGAAUCAUCUGUCCCAAACUCUUGCAGACAGCAGAGUAGGCUCAAACAGUCGACCAGUUUGCCUUCUAUUUCAUUUUGUAUUUUCCGUCUUGAUUUGUUUUGUUAGUUUCUGAUGUGAUGACUGACUUCUUUUUUUUUGGCACUGUUGCCAUAAAAGAUGUUGAAAGACAGAAAAGAGACAUUUGCUCUCCUUGCGGAUACGUACCAAUGAUGUCUUUGUCCUCUCUAAUGUACAUGUUGGGAAGAAGCACUGGUAUGGUUUUUUUGUUCUCUAAUCAUGUUAGCCCGCACAAAUAGAAUGAUUUGUUUACCAUUUUCAAACUAGACCCUAAAAAUGACACUUUCUACCAUAUGUAUGUGCUUGUCUGUUUUUUUUAAAUUUAUUUUUGAGACAUUCCAUUCCUGUUCUACAUAGUAAAAUUGACGUUGCUCAACAUGCUCAUGGAAACCUUUAAAACCCAAGCAGGAGCUUUCACAAAUCUUCUGAAGUAGGGGAUGGUGGUUAUGGCUGUAGGCAAUCUCCCCUCUUUUGUGAUUAUCCUAAUGGUGUGAAGGAUCUCCAAUACCAUCUUUGGUGAUCUUAGCUGAAGUAGAUCAUAAUGCUCUCCAGGAACAGAAGAUAGGCCUCACACUUUUUUUUUCUUUCAAAUGUGGCUGUUUGCUCUGUGGAUGUGGUGAACCCAUUGUUUUGAUGUGUAAAAUUGAAUCCUCUUGGUUCCCUAAUUGUCCUUGAACAAAAUAAAAACUGUUAAAAAUUGA